UGUAAAUACCCACAUUUUACACAAUAUAAGAAGUAGUCUAUAUUCCCCUGAAUAAAGAGCAUUUCCUGACAUGGUGAUUUACGCAGAUCAUACAGAAAGAGACGUGUUUGCGGUGUACCCACUAGGCUUCAUGGCAAAACGCGGCAAACACUUGUCUCAGGCAAUGCAUUAGAGAUAACGAGCUGCACCCUACCUAUGUGCUGUUCCAUAUUCCCUACCCUACCUACGGCAGCCUGCGUUCCGUGCAGCCGCAUUGACGGUAAACACAAGAAAGGUAGCCGGCGCAUGAGCAGCCUGGGGAACAUUAUUCCACAUCGCAUCACAUGCCGUCCAUGGCGUCUUCGCAAGUGAUGCACUGCUUUUCAGGCGAUAAUUUUACAAUAGCCCGAAUUCUCACAGUGAUGUUUUGUCUUUAAAUUCACGAGACAUUCAGGAGAAAUCGCCAAGUCGUGUCGCUUGCAGAGAAAGGACUAUGGGUUUGGGCGCUUCCGAUCCCUGGCCAAUCUCAUCAAAUAUUGUCACAAUUGAAAAUAUUUCACUGGAACCAAGGCACAUGCGGCAUUUGGGAUACCUCCACAGGACGACCUCGACCAAAAAUACAACCAGAUAUGGAGUGAUUUCAUGAACGCCAACCGUGGGGAUGUAAGAAGAACUGUGGAGAAUUGGGAUCUACACGACUGGCACAAACUAUCACAGAAACAGAGAUUAAGAACAUUUGACAUUUUUGUCUGCGUGGACAUCAGAAUAUCACCAGAGUAUGCCAUCUGCACCCAUCCUCAGAGUUCUAAGACCCCUUCUGCUUGGAACGUUUCUGCUAGGAUGUUUCGUGACGUUAUUUUUAAUGUACCUCAAACCCUCCACGAGUUGGUUGUCUGGUCCUGUCGAGUCAGAGACGUCCACGGCUCGUGUUAAGAGCCUCCUCUCCAACAGAAGCCAGCAGAACCAGACUACCAUCUUGGUCUGGCUCUGGCCCUUUGGACAGACGUAUGACCUGAACGUCUGCAGCUCUCUGUUUAAUAUCGAGGGUUGCCACGUUACGGCGGACAGGAACCUGUACAAUAAAUCAGAUGGGGUGGUCGUUCAUCACAGGGACAUCUCCAGUGAUCUGUCCAACCUGCCUCCAGUCUACCGUCCUGCGUUGCAGAAAUGGGUGUGGAUGAACCUGGAGUCCCCGUCCCAUUCUUCUCAGUUAUCUGGCGUCGAAAAUCUGUUUAAUUUAACCCUGAACUACCGCCAAGAUGCUGAUAUCGAAGUGCCUUAUGGGUCCAUCGUCGCCAACCAAGGGGAUGAGGAUUUUGUGCCACCUAGCAAGACUAAACUGGUAUGCUGGAUUGUGAGCAACUGGAAUCCAGACCACGUCAGAGUGAAAUACUACAAUGACUUGUACAAACACAUUGAGGUUCAUGCUUAUGGACAGGCUUUCGGGGAAUACUUGUCUGACCAAGAUUACUUCCCAACCAUUGCCAGCUGUAAGUUUUAUCUCUCGUUCGAGAACUCCAUCCACAAGGACUACAUCACGGAGAAGCUCUUCAACCCUCUCUCUGUGGGGGCGGUACCAGUGGUGCUGGGACCAUCACGGGAGAACUAUCAGAACUUCAUCCAAGGAGACGCCUUCAUUCACGUGGACGACUUCUCCUCGCCCAAAGAGCUGGCCGAGUUCCUCCUGCUCUUGGACAAGAACGAGGAGAUGUACCUGAGGUACUUUGACUGGCGCAAGCACUUCAAGGUGAAAAAGGCUUAUUUCUGGGCCGAGCACACAUGCCUCGCCUGUGACUACAUCAGGAGGCACAAUGAGUAUAAGACUUUCAACAACCUUGACAAAUGGUACUGGGGUUGAUUCAGGGUUCAUCUUUGUGGGUGGCCAAGGUAUAGGUGUCUUACAGGGGUGAAGAACUUGACUAUUAUUUAUUACACAGUCUAAGAAUAGGUCCAGGGUUUUGGGCUAUGGCUCAAAGUGAUACAUUUUCUUUUUAAUCUGGAACCAAAAUGGGUCUGCCUUUUAGAUUUUUUUUUUUUAAAUACUGUAAUUGAUAUGGCACUGUAAUGUUUCCCCUCUUGUGAAAAUGUGAAUUAAUACGGGCGCCCUAUGUGGCAAAGUCCCAUUGUAAAAAAUAUAUUGUGGUGAUUCUUUCAAGAAGGAAAAAUAUAAAUAUAUAAUUGUUAUGAGGAGGAUAUUUCUACAAUAUAUUAUUUAUUUUACUUUGACAUUGUACCAUAAAAUGUUUAUUGAUAUUAGUGAUGCAGUCAUCUAUGCAGUGUUUACACAAUUUCAAUUUGUGAACAUAGUGCAACUACUGUAAAAUAUCUGUGUACAAUAAUUAUUUUUUGAGAAUUAUUUUCCAUAUUUUUGUAUGGAUGUACUUGCACAGGAAGCACCCUGGAAGACUCCCUUGGUCAUGUGAGAAUGAUGCAGUCUAUUUUUGAACACUGUGUCAACUGUCUACUGUAAAUGAUGAAUUUCAUGUGAUAGAUCCACAAUGACUAAUAAUGACAGUAUCUUGUUUUUUAUCAGGCAAUAUAUUUCACAUCUUGUGUCACGAGGAGCAGCUUGGAAAUUUAUAUUAUCAUCAUUUUUUUUUCUCAAAGAUACUAUGGGAGGCAAACGACGAGCACAAGUUUAACAUGUAGUCUAUGUGAGGAGACCUUUCGGGUGGUCCGUAUUCUUUAACCCCAUAAUCACCCUUGAUAACCCUUCCUCCCCCCACAUAUCUAUAAACAUUUAGAACGGUCAGUAUCGCAGUACAUUUUCAGCACAUUUUUCAUGGGAGUUUGAGUCCCUUGCCACCCACUAAGGUCAGUAAAAUGCACCCACCUGUGCAUGGUGGACCCUGCUACAGGCUUAGACAGUAGAAGCUUUGAUCUGUAGAGCGAUGGUUACUAAGCAGUAAUCGCUAAUGUGUAGAGGAUGUGCCUGUGGUGUUGGGGCCUUGGGGUCUGAAUGGUUUUGUUCCUAUAAUGCACUUCUCCAUAAGGUCAUGUGGUCAAUGCGAAACACAAUUUUUCAAGUCUAAAAGCACACACAAGAAGCAAAAAUCACCACAGCUGAAUGUCCGUGUCUGUUGAUGCUAUCAAUUGUUGAUAUUUUCAGAUUAUGUCUACACACUUAAUCCAGAUCCAUUAACUGGACACAAUGGUGUAAACGGUAAAUUCCAAGCCAAAGUGCAGUAUAUGCCUGUAAAACCAGUUAUUUUGCUUCUCUAUGUUCACACCUGCCUUGGAAGUUUUCAACUUUUAUUGUUUUACAACGUUAAAUCAUGGUUGAUUUUAAUUUCUGCUCUUUUCAACAGAAAAAUACACUUGUCGAAGUGAAAACGGAUGAAACCGAUAAACAGAUAAAACAAAUGAAAAAAGAAAUUAAUACAAAAUGUAAAACACCUAAUUAUAAUAAGUCGACCACAAUUCAAUGUUUGUUAAACGAUAAAAAAUGAAAGCUUCCAAGGCGGGUGAAUACUUUUUACAGGUACUGUAGAUCUCAGUCAUGGGUCUGGCUUGUAUUAUGGGUCACGGCUUUUAAUAGUUACGGGGGGCAGGUGUCACUGGUCAGCCUGUCUAAUACACUUAUGAGAAAAUAUUGAUGCUCUGUGGUAGAUAAUCUGACUAUUUGCAUAAGGAUGUCUCAAUGCCGACAUUUUUCAAACUUUUUGUAUUGUUUACUGUCAAUGGGACCAUCUGUUUUGGAAGGGGAUGACACCUGUUUGCCACAGUUAGUCAGAAUUGACUUGUUCCGUAACCAUAAUCUGUAUAUAACCUUCAUCGUCUGGCACAAACUUGAGAUUUCGUGUUAUUUAUAAACUAAAUGAAAAAAAAAUGCUAACUUACAUACUGUGUAUUGUAUCAGCGAGUUGAAAAAAAAAAUCAUAGGCUCUGUGUUUGUUUUAAGUGUGUAUCUUCAGUACUUGACGGUAUGAACACCUCUUGUAAAUAUCUGUGUUGUUCAAGUUUCUCUCUGACCUGUACCUGGGUUCCCCAGAUGGCAGCUUACGCUGGAUUGAGUCUGAGCCACGUCUGGGCCAGAUCUGUCCCGAGAUCGACUGACAGUCGGGGGGACAGCACUGUGAAAAUGAGCUCAUUGUAACUUAGAAGAAUAAGACCGGUGCUAUGAGGCAGAAAUCCGCCGAGGAUUACAACGAAAAUAAUAGUGUGUGGAAGACAAUGCUGUUAGUGUUACAGAGAAGACAUUUUGUUGUCAUGUGAGGCAGUUUUGAGAAGGAGGAGAAGAAUACCGAUGCUUUUUGGAUUAGCGCUAAUCCGUUUUGAUGCUAUCAAAUUGCUUGUGUCUUUCUGACUUGCUGCAGAAAUAGCACUCUCAUUCAUCCUUACAUUGUGGCUUGGACCUACUGUGCUUAUGUUUGUAUCCGGCUUUCUUUGCUUCACAAUUUGUGUCAUCACACAGCAUUUUCCGAAAGAAAGAGUGUGUGUAUGUGCGUGAGGGGGGGAGAGAGAGAGAGAGAGAGAGAGAGUGCCUGUUAUAACCUCAUAUUGUAUAGGAGCAGCUCCAUGUGUGAAACCAGUUUCUUGUUGGUUGUGGCUAUCUAGACCAGGUCUUGCCAUUUUGCAGUCCUCUCUGCAGUUGUCUCACAGCUUGUUUCUCUGUUGGCUCUUGGCUUCCUUUUAAGCCAGUCUUUGGAUGAGUAGCGUGUUAGUAAUCUGGACGUGCCUCUGAUUGAUUCAGUCUGUUAUAGUGGGCUCAUGUGUGGAGGCUGAGCACCAGGCCCUGGGUGGGAGAGACAUGUGUCCUCUAUGCAUCACGACGUCAGGAACGGCCCGAGUGGACAGAGCCCCCCUGCUGAUCUACCUACGGUGACUGUUUAGCAUAACUGGUCAUAGCAAAAAUGUCUGCCAAAACGUAAUUUGCCAAAAUGUUUUGCUGUAGAUGUCUGUAGGUGUCAAAGAAAUAAAGACGAAUAAAAAUAAGUGA